AUGGCGGCGUCUAUUGGCGCGAACGACUGGGCUUUAAUGGCGAACGCGGGAGGCAAUGUUUGGAAGAACACUUCUUCUAAACACCACCCGGGCAACUCGGCAACGCUACCUCAUCACGAGACAUUAACACGACAACUGCAACAGAACCAUAUCCACAGCCCCUACGUCGAGUGUGACGCUCCGCUUCCACCUGGCUCACCGCGUCACGCCAUUAAGGAUGAAGAGUCCCCCCUCCACUACCCCCAAGGAUACCAAACGACCCGAAGUUACAACCAUGACUUCAGGAAUCCACACGUCUUCAUGUCUCAGCACUCACCUGGCAGCCAAGAAAUGAUCUUCAGGAAACACUACAAGGACGAAAAUAGACGCAAGCACCACCAUCACCACGGAAGCCAGAACGUGAACCACACAUAUUCGGAGAUCGCUUCGCAGCAAGGCAGGAUAUACCGUCGCGGAUCCGAGGAGUUCCGCGUCAUCCAAGACGAUCCGGUUUACGAGGAAAUCGAACGAAACGAAACAAUGAUGUCAGAUAUGUCUGAUGAUAAUUCUGUCCCAGACUGCAGACAGAACCCGGGUCAUCACGGAUCGUCCGGAUCCAAGUUUUUUGGUGACCACCGCCCUCUCAUCUCUUAUAGUCCAGGCGAGAGGCACCACCACGAGCAAGAGCAUUACGCGAAGUACGGCAAAUGGGAUACAUUGGAGCGUUCCUACGACCCGAGACACGCGUACGAGAGCGGCAAACUGAUGCACCAGUACCACCAGCCCCCGGAGAACAUGAGGGCGCUGGCGGCGGUCCUCAACGGCGAGAACAACGUGGUGUGCCACCUGGAGCCCCACAACUCGUACGACGUCUACCCCCAGGGUGGCAACCCAAGAACUGUAUCGCAGCCCAGUUUUUAA